GGGAGGAGGGCAGCUGCUAACCCGGAAGCGGUCGGCAGUGCGGUGCUGUUUAAAGAUGGCGGCGGAGGAACCUCAGCAGCAGAAGCAGGAGCCGCUCGGCAGCGACUCCGAAGGUGUUAACUGUCUUGCUUAUGAUGAAGCCAUCAUGGCUCAGCAGGACCGAAUUCAGCAAGAGAUUGCUGUGCAGAACCCUCUGGUCUCAGAGCGGCUGGAGCUUUCGGUCCUGUACAAGGAGUAUGCUGAGGAUGACAACAUCUAUCAACAGAAGAUCAAGGACCUCCACAAAAAGUACUCCUACAUCCGCAAGACCAGGCCUGAUGGAAACUGUUUCUACCGAGCUUUCGGAUUCUCCCACUUGGAGGCGCUGCUGGAUGACAGCAAGGAAUUGCAGCGGUUUAAGGCUGUGUCUGCCAAGAGCAAAGAGGACCUGGUGUCCCAGGGCUUCACUGAAUUCACAAUCGAGGAUUUCCACAACACGUUCAUGGACCUGAUCGAGCAGGUGGAGAAGCAGACCUCUGUAGCUGACCUGCUGGCCUCCUUCAACGACCAGAGUACCUCGGACUACCUGGUGGUGUACCUGCGGCUGCUCACCUCGGGCUACCUGCAGCGCGAGAGCAAGUUCUUCGAGCACUUCAUCGAGGGCGGGCGGACAGUCAAGGAGUUCUGCCAGCAGGAGGUGGAGCCCAUGUGCAAGGAGAGCGACCACAUUCACAUCAUCGCACUGGCCCAGGCUCUGAGCGUCUCCAUCCAGGUGGAGUACAUGGACCGCGGCGAGGGCGGCACCACCAACCCGCACAUCUUCCCCGAGGGCUCUGAGCCCAAGGUGUACCUUCUCUACCGGCCUGGACACUACGAUAUCCUCUACAAAUAGGGCUGGCCCUGGCCUCCUGCUGCCCUGUCUGCCCUCCCCUCUGCCGGGCGCUAGACAUGUACAGAAGUUUUUUGUGGUUGUAAAUGGUCAUAUUUCACUCCCUCCUCCACUUUCCCUGUCACGCAACCUUCCACAUUUUAUUAAAGGGGAUGCUGGUGGUGAGCCGCGUUGUGUGCGUGUCCCUGCUCUGCUGCUGCCUGGCUGCUAUGUGUCUGGCUGUCCCUCUACUCCCUCCCAUGGGUUCUUCUCUGCCUUCUGCCUGUCCACACCCAAGCUUUCCCACCAGGAGCGGUUUUGAGGGGGCCUCUUGGGGACCCCUCCUGGGUACCAGGGUUCUGCUUCCUUCCCCUCAGGCACCUAUCCCUUCCCUCCCUAGCUGGUCCAGGGGCUUCCAUGAAAACCUUGGAAGUUCCUUGGGGGCCUUGCCCAGGGACAUAGGACUGCCCAGGCUUCAAGCUGUUCCCUUACAGGCCUAGACUCCACCUUGCUGUCUUGGUCAGGGCCCCCAAACCUGAGCUGCCUGCCCUUUUCCUGUCAGGGGUCAGCAUGGUCCAGUCCUGGGUGGAGAAGGCUGACGCUGUGGGGGCCUGGCUCAGGGCAGGCGUAGGAGCCAGAGCACCCCAGUGCCACCCCCACCCAAGUGGUACCAACUCCACCCAGGUGGUACCAACCUGGUUGGGGAGGGGCAGCCUUGAGUCCUGUGCUUGGUCCGUGAUCCUGAGGUCUAGGCAGGACUUGCAGGGCCGCCAUUCCCCCCUGCUCCUCACCCUCCACCCCCCGCCUGUGCCUGCUUUGCAACCCCUUUGCUUGGGCCACGGUGUCUCUGCAUUGCUUGCCUCUUUGCCUUUACCUCUUUUUUUCCUCCACCCCAGCACAUGUGGGGUCUUGGCCCCCAGGCUGUGAGCUCCGUGGGGGCAGGCCCUCAAUAAAUGUGAAGUACUGCUGCCCA